AUGGCUGACACAUCAGACUUGGCCCGGCCUGCCGCCGAAGGCAAGGAAAAGCAGGAUCCCGAGAUGCCCGGCCACAAUGCUAUUGUGGACGACGACACCUUCCGCGCCCUGGAUCGCAUUAAGAGCACUAAUUCAGCACAUCCUAUGCACUGGAGCCCCUUGAAGAAAUGGGCAAUUGUAUCGAUCUACUGUUUGCUGCAGGUCUUCGUGACUCUCUCUUCAACAACUUAUGUGAGCGCCGAGUUUCUGAUUACAGAGCGCUUUGGUGGUGCCACCCAAGUUGUAGCCCUCGGGCAAAGCAUGUUCAUCGUGGGCAAUGCGGUUGGACCAGCUUUCCUGGGUCCUCUCUCCGAUAUUGGUGGUCGAAAAUGGGUAUAUGUGGUGUCAAUCUUACUCUUCGCGAUUCUCAACAUUGGCACUGCGUUAGCAAUGAAUCUCCCCAUGCUUAUCAUAUUCCAAUUUCUAUGCGGCGCGGCAGGCAGCACAGCGCUUUCCAACGUCGCCGGCACCAUUGCUGACCUGUUUGGUAACUCGGACGGUGCUGGGCAGCCUAUGGCGUUGUUCGUACUGUCUGCAAACUACGGCCCCAGCUUAGGAUCUCCAGUGGGUGAGUGGAUUGCGGAUAAUCCGCACAUGGGCUUAAACUGGAUAUUCUGGAUCAACGUCAUCAUUGGAGGAGCAUUUGCGCUGGUCAUGUGUUUCGUCCCUGAGACAUUGCCACGGAUCGUUAUCAAGAAGGCCGUCGAGAAGCAUCAAGUUAAUGACUCGGAGGAGAUCGGCAUAGCUCAGGAGCACGUCAAUGUUAUGCGAGAGAUCCGAUUCGUCACCACGAUGGCUUUACGCAUCAUGGUUACCGAACCCAUUGUCACUUUCCUUGCUAUAUAUAAUGGCUUUGCCUACGGUCUACUAUUCCUAUACCUUGACGGAGUCUUCGAUAUUUUUGUUGUUAACAACGGACUUUCAUAUAUCGGCGCUGAUCUAACCUACCUUAACUUUGUGGUCGGUGUAACAGUCAUGUUUCUCUUCAUUCCGGUGCAGACAUACCUAUUCACCAGAGAUCGUGAACGCCAUGGAUAUGCCCGACCUGAAGCCCGUUUCUUGACCUCGCUUGUCACCGUGUGGCUGUUCCCGAUCUCAUUAUUAUGGUUCGCUUUCACUUGCGACGGCAACACAUCUUAUUGGUCUCCCGUUGUUGCCGGCGCGGUGCUCGGCUUCUGCGACCCUUUGCUCUACCUAGGCAUGCUCAAUUACAUUGCGGAUGCUUACACCAAUGUUGCCGCCUCAGCGAUCGCCGCAUUCCUAAUUCCCUCAUUCACUAUCGCUGCUGGAUGCGCUCAUAUUGGCAUCGUCAUGUUUGACCAAAUGAGUUCCAAAUGGGCUAUGGCUACUUUGGGAUUCAUAUCCUUUGGACUUGUAGCUCUAGUCUAUAUUUUGUAUUUCUUCGGUGAAAAGAUCAGAUCAUGGUCGAAACUUGCUAGGAAGUUUUAG